CAAAAUAGCAAGUAGCCACCUUUGUUAUGUUUGUUUUUUGUUGGGAAACCGUGUAAUUUCAAUAGCUCCUAAUGGUCCUAAUCACCUAAACACUAGAGGUUCUUGAUUCCCUCCCCCUUUAAGUUAGUUGUCGGAAGGAGGAACAUGUUUGUGCCAAGGUGUGCUUGCCUGAACUCGAGUCCUAGUUUCCCUAAGAAUCUAGGAACCAAAUGAUUAGUGCGAGUGCUUCUUCAAGGAAGCUCCGCCCUCGGCCCUCAGGCGCGGGGAGUUUCCUUGAAGAAGCGUGAACUAUCCUGUGUCCAGUAGCUAGUAACUUACUUAAGUUCCUAGUUUACCUUUUCCAUAGCGGCUUGCCCCCCUGGUCUUAAAAGGGCGGCAUGCAUGUGAUGUGCAGUGGCGCACUCCCAGACCUGAAGCGACCCGUGCUUUUGUGACUGCAGGUAGACUCUGGUAGACCGGUAGACCAAUUUGUAAUUAUUGAGCAUGUCGUCAUUGGUUGGCCAACAUCAGGCACUUUGCUGAACUGUGCCAUCGACUUUCGCUGACAACCAAACCCUAUUGCCAAGGUUGGCAGUGUGGGGAGGUGUUGAAGAUCCUGCCGUUCUGCGUGUGUGCAGGUGUCAAGUCAACCUCUUGUGUAGUCCCGUGUCACCGCCCUGUCAAUCAUGGUCAGGAGGAAGCAAGCAACUUGUUUAGACGAUGCAAAUGGGUGGGCCUUGUUGAUUGCCUUGGUACAAGCAUUUGCUUCGUAGCCGCUGGCAAUGGCGGCUGAGUGCGCUGAUGAAAUAGAGACGCAUGCACACUUCGUGUUGGCACAGAAAUAUGUAAUUGCCUCAUCCUGACUGGCACUGUGUGUUUGAGUCGGUUCUGAUGUUCCGGUUGGCGCAGUGCUAUCCAGUAUAUCUCCGUUCGAUUCGGAUUUUGCAAAUGCCAUGAUUGAAAUUGUCGCGCAAGUUGAUUCAACCCUUCUUGUCAAAAAGUGCUUGACAAGGCCCGUAAUUCCCCGAUUGCCUCAUGUCAACCCAAUUGUACCAGGCUUGGACGGUGGUGCAGUUUGUUAUACAGGCUGAGCAAGCGAGAAAGGAACGCGUGAUGUUCUCAUGCAGCGCAUUUUUGAAGGCUCCUCAGUGCAUUCGCAACUUGUUGAAGCAAGGUGCCAAGGAUCCCUGCUGGAAUCGUUGUCAAAGACUCUGCUGCGUUUCCUGGCGUGGUUGCUAAGAGAACAGGACUAGUGACUAGCAGCAUGUGUUUAACAAACUGAAGCUCGGAAGUCCUUGCAUGCUCUUGAUCCACGUAUGGUUGAUGGGAUCCGACGUGUGAUCCCACACUUGACCUUUGAGCUUGUUGGAUGCAAGGAUAAAGUAGUUUGGAUCCACCCUUGACUCGAUGUGCACAUGUUGGAACCUUGGGGUACUCGGGUACUCGUUUGGGCGGUUGCAACUGACUAGUAACUAGUAAGAGUUCACGAUUGCAAAUUCUCGCUUGAGAUCCACUUCUGCAGAAAUGGAGAAGCGGUCCACUUCCUGUGAACUUGAGCCCCGCAAGCUGGAUUCGCGGAAUUUUGCUGUUCCACCGUUUCAUUCAAUAUGUUCCAGAGGAACCUGGGAGGUCCGUUUUUGAAUAUGCAAAGCUUUGCGAACUUGUGCGUCAAUUCCAAAAGCACUCUUUGGGUCUACUUUUUGGUGAGGAAUCUUGUUUGGGUAUCAGCGUUCCAUUGGGAUUGCCGGGGGCGACUGGGGGAUGACUUCUUGGAAGCAGCGUUGCCAUGGUGAUUUGGCAUUGACAUCGUAGCAAGGUAUGACUAAGGCAAAGUACGUUCAAAAUAUGAGGGGCAGAUCAAAGGAAUCAGCUGGUGUGGUGGGUCCAGGGUUGACGUCGCGGGAUUGUAACGUCAAUCAGGCCGUGUCCUCGUUGUCCUCUGAAGCUCCUUCGAGCGAGCUACGAUGCGUGCUCGAGGAAGCCAUGAAAGCAAAUGUAGAUGAAGACAGCUUGCGGCCAGCGGAGGAAAAGCUGACAAGGUUGGAACUGGUUGAAGCGGCACGGAUGGUUGACCGGUUUGAAAUCGAGCGCAUCCUCAACAAUGCGGAAGCCUACGGUUGGAACCUAGCGGAAGGAACUGUUGGCGCACUGUACCAGGCUGCCGACGCGCAAAGGAAAGAGCUUGUUCUCCAGGAGCGGGUGACAGACUGCAUUGAGAGCAUGAACUUUGCAGUAAUCUCAUUGGACUUGGACUCGAUCCGCCACCACGUUGAGGAGUCCGAGGAACUGGGCUUGUUGGACCAUGAGGUCACCAAGAAGGCUCUGGAGAUUCUCAAGGACUACUCUUAGAAUCACGAUAGUUAGUUGGCUCAAAGUAGCGCAACGGCUUGGAUGCACUCUGACUACUGAAAGAAACGCACACGGUAAUGAAUAACGAACCUGCUGAGUCUUAGAGCUGCCAAUGAUAGCUGCUCUGAGACUUGCAUAGUAAACGUGCUGGAGAACACCUCCGCACAAACUUUCAACUGAUUGUGCCCUGGUUGACCAAAAUUUGGCAUGGGGCAUCAAGUCAUGUUGUUCGAUACCAUUCAAUUAGAAGAGGGCUUUGUGUAUGGCUUUGUCAGUCG